AUGGGGGUACAAAGCGACGAUAAAACGAAGCUAGUCCAUGAAAACUACGCACUUCCGACACUGAACGUGGUUCUGGCCACCAACGCACCGCCUCAACUUUACUCUCGUCCAUUGAUAAGCCACUCGAAGACACAACAUAACCAAGAAAAAGAACUUGAUCACAACCCAACUCACACUUCUGCCGAGCCACAAAGAAUGUCUCACGACGCAAAACUAGUAAGAUUUGACGAAGAUGGUCUUGAUGCGUCUCCAUUGAAGAACUGA